AUGAGUGACUACAACAUCCAACAACGUUCGACAUUGGAAAUGUUUCCUGAUGAACUUUUCUUUGAGCUUUUUGAAUAUAUUCCUUUAAAUGAUUUAUAUCGAGCAUUUUUCGGACUUAAUACACGAAUUGAUAUUAUUCUAAAAAAUUUAUCAAAUCUUUUUGCUGAAUGGACAACUAAUUCCGAUGAUCGAAUAAUAAAUAUAUUUUCCUCGUGUAUAAGUCGACUUGUGAUUUGGCGUGGUGGACACUUAAAUUUAUAUCGUUUCAAUAAACUUCGUUCAUUAAAGUUAGCCUUACCAACCAUUCAACAAUGUAAUGAAAUUCAAUCAUCAUCCACGCUUGAACAUUUGCACAUCGAAUCGUCAGCAAUUUCACAUACAAUAACUGAACAAUUAUCGUUUCUAUUUUUAACUGAUGCAUUUCCACGUCUUCGUACUUGUCGAAUUGAUGAAAUUCAAUUCGAUCAAAAUAUUUUUCAAUCAAAACCGACACUUCUUUCAUUAAUGACUCGUACGCAGCAUCCAACAAAAUUACUUUCUUUAUGUCCUAUGUUAGUGCAUUUACGAUUAAAUUUAAAAAAUAAUAUCAAUGAAUUUCUUCCAUUAGAUAUUCAUUCAAGUCUUCGUUAUCUUCAACUUGGUAUAUAUUCAACUGAAAUAAAUCUUUCUUCUGUCGAAUCGAUUUUUUCAGUAACACCCAAUCUAACUCGAUUUACUCUUGAUGGUCCUUGUAUUACACCGCCACAAAAUAAAUUAGAUAUUUUCUCAUUAGCAUCAGUAUUUACUCGUCGCUUAUCAAAAUUACGUUUUGUUUAUAUUAGUCUUCCGUUAAGUGAGAGUCAAUCAGAUCCAAAAGAAUUUGAAAAUGAAAAAGAAUUACUAAAAAAACUUCAUCCACUUUUCAACGAUAUCGUAUUUCGUCCACGAUCAUAUUAUGCACCUGGUCGAUUAAUCAUUUCAUCAAUAAUUGAUAGUAAAACAGUCAAAUCUCAUAUAAACUGA